AUGGAAAAGACUGUACUUAUAUUUCAUCUCCUGCAAAGCCGAGCGAAAUCGCUCUGCAGGCCGUCCAGGCGUCAAAUCACCCGGCUGGAAGAAGAAAACAGACAGCUGCAGCAACGGCUUCAAGAUGAUGAACGGCGAGAAACACCAUUGAUAUUCCCAGCAGCUGCUAAACCUACUCAGCAGACAAAUGCAGUGUCAACGCUGCCCCUGGAACAUGGCCCUGGUCCAACAGAGACUGCCCAUUCGGUAGUGUCUCGCAUCUUUAUCUCCCCAGAUGGAGAAUCCAGCUACCAUGGCCGCACAAGUACCCUCUUUGAUGAUACUCCGACCGACAGGCGGGCACUGCAGAGUAUCGUAGCCAACCCCAAGAUGCCAAUGGAGUGGAUCAAGAAAGGACUGAUGGGGGAAGCCGCAUACCAACGCCAGAUAGAGACCUUAAACUUCCAGCAAGGAAAGCUGGACUUUGAUGGGGUUGAUCCAGAGCUAGGAAUGCAUCUCUUAUCUCUGCACUGGAAUCGCCAACAUCACUCGUUCCUCAUCACCUACCGUCCGGCGUUCAUGCGCGAUAUGGCCUGUGGUGGACCGUAUUUCUCCAAGUUGCUGUUGAAUGCAAUCUACUUUGGUGCAUCUAAGUUCAGCCCUCGUCUGGAAGUGCGUCGUGAUCCAGACGAUGUUCGCACAGCGGGCUGGCUCUACCGCAGGCGAGUCAAGGAGCUGUUGGGAGGUGCUCUGGAUCGCAGUGAGAUCACGACGAUCCAAGCUCUCCUUGUCAUGACCAGCUCCCUGUUUGCGUUGGGUGAUGAGCGGAGUGCUGCGUGGCUGUAUGCAGGUACCGCGUUCCGAAUGAUCAUCGACUUGGGCAUGCACGUUGAUGCACCAUACCUGAUCAACAUGCGUCGGUUAUCAGAUGAGGAUCUGGAGAUCAGAAGGAGAGUGUUCUGGGGUGCUUUUGUCGUCGAUAAGAUCCAAUCACUAUAUCAGGGCCGUCCAGCAAGCCUCCAAGCUUUUGAUACUCAUGUUCCACUGACAUUCCUGGACCAGUAUGAAGAGCUCGAACACUGGACGCCGUUUGCAUACCCUGGGAAUCCGAAAUAUUCGGGCUCCCCAGCCUACAGUGUUUCGACAUUCCGAGAACUUUGCAAACUGUCCGUUAUCCUGAACGAUAUCCUCAACAAGGUCUACUCGGAGAAAAGCUCCAAGCGCGCACCAGAAGAGCUGGUGUCUAACCGGGCGUCUCUGCACUCUGCGCUCCAAGAAUGGCACGAUGGUCUUCCAUCGCAUCUCCAAUUUGACACUCCUGGUACCUGCAAUGCUCCCCCACCACAUGUUCUCUCCCUUCUCGCCCUCUACAACGUUCUGGUAAUUCUCCUCCAUCGACCCUUCGUCGCCGAAGGGCACCUCUACAAUACAGAUCCCUCGAUGGCAGUCAAUUCCUUCCGGAUUUGUGCCGCCGCUGCUAAAGCCAUCAUCGGACUUCUUCGAAUCUACGACGAAACAUUCUCCAUCCGCCGAGCACCGUAUCUCAUGUCGUAUGCGACGUAUGUCGCAGCUACUAUCCUAGUAAGAAUCGCUGCGCAGCGAAAAGAGGACAGUCAGGCACACGCAAGUCUUCGGACGUGUCUCUCGGUGUUCGAUGAAAAUCAAGGAACCAAUUGGGCUGUGCAAAGAGCAAAGAAUGUGAUCCUCAACUUAAUGGAACGGAUAGGCGUUACUCUUGAUAAGACCAACACCUGCGAUGAUCCCGCGGGAGGCAUAGAUACAAUCAACACCGAAGUAGCCCCGGAAAUCCAGCAGAAGAAAGUAUCUAGAGCAAACAAUGAGCCCGACGACAUCCAGCCUACCUCUCUGAUUGAUUUGGAAACCGCCGAGCUAGACAUGGACAUGAUCAUCCGGAGCUUUAUUACGCAACAAGCGAACUACGGCUAUCCAAACUUGUCUCCAAUGUCUGCUGGAUCGGCUGAGACAGAAGCUCCAUUUGGAAUGUACAUGACUGACCUGGUUGCGCCGGAGGAGUACUCUAAUCAUCUAGGGUUGUCUUUUCCUGAUACACUUUUUGGAUUUAACGGGUCAUCUCAAGAUUUGCCUAAUUCUUGA